UAUUCCUAACACCGGUCAAUAUUUACAAUUAAUGAACAAUGCUCGAGUGUUAUAUAUUGUCUUUGUUCAACUAUUUGUUGCUUAAAAGCUGAUAGCACAGCGACAUUGAUGCUAUUCGUUAGCCAAUUUGUUUUGCAGUAUGUGUUAGCGUUAAGCUAACGAAGGUUACCUGGUUUCAUGUCUACUUUAUGUUUACAUCAACUGAGCGUGGCAAUAAACAGCUUCAAGGAAGCCUUUGGGAUUUUGAAGAAUCGUUUUCUAUCUGCCCAACAAGCGAGCAUUUGCCUAAAUUGAGGUAGGAGAGUGCUGUGCGAAGUCACGCCAUUGUGUCCCCUCCAAAUAACAGAGCCACAAGGACAUCACUCCCCACAAGCCUGGCUUGGAGCUGUGUUACGUGUGGACAAAGAAGCUCUUGGGAAUGAUAAGGGCAGAACUUCGGCUGUAUGACCUUCCGAAAACAAGAUGUCCCGUGUGUGUUCGGAACAAACUCUCAUCUGCAUGUGAUGACACGGGAAAGAGAAGACAGCUCUAGUUUCACCUCCACGUCCGGUAAAUGCCCAGAAUGCCAGGUUGAAAGUUCACCUUGGAAGGUGAGCUGCAAACAUCCAGGUUGUUGUGCUAGUCAAAGAGCAUAAGGGGAAAAAAAUUGCAUAUCAUCCAUUUUAUGGAAAACGUUUGCUUGGGCCACUAAACAAACUACACUGACAAAUAUGGAACGAGUUAACAUUUGACUUGCUAUCGAGGCACUUAAAGCCCCACUGACGUGAAAAGCAUGAUUUUUAGUAUGUUUUUAAUUUAAAAAAAAAAAAAAAAAAGGCAGCCGGAAUGGAGCCAUUUUUUUUUUCACCACACAACAUGAUUUUGACAUAGGGCUUUUUGUAACUCCCGCCAUGAAAAUCCUCUUGAGGGAUUUGUUUUUGAGAAGAAGCAGGAAGUGACGUUAUUUGCAGACGCCCACUCAGGCGGUCUAGUGUGUUAAUACGCGUUUUACCUGCUGGAAGGUAGCUCUUUGUACCUUCAUGUUAGUCAAAAUGCCGGCUCGUUGUAUUGUUGGAUAUUGUUCGAACACUCGGGAGGAUGGAUUUACUCUUCAUACUUUUAAAAAGGACCCAGUUCGUCGUGAAAAAUGGAUCGCACAGGCGCAAAGGUACGAGAGCUUCGUGGGUUCCAAAUGACAGGUAGGUGCAUCUAGAGCUACUGAACAAAAACAAUAGUUGGGGUGGCGUAAUCCUCUCAGAAUGUAACAAAAUGUCCGCUUAUGUAAGUCAGGGGUGUUAAAUGUGUCUGUGGCCAUCGGCACCGCGGACGGCUUUGGCCAAGGUGGCUCAUACAUACCGUCGGGGAGUCUUUUGUAGGAGGUUAUCCGCAUAUCAUCUAAAUAUGGCUUGAAACGAUAGGGUAGUAUUGCCCCGGUCACUUCACUCCAUUGUGAAAUGUUCUCUUCUUCGAAAAGAGCUUCCGUGUCAGAAGGGGCCUCGGAAAAAUCCGAAAAUCUCUGUUGUUCCUUUCCCGUAGGAGGUGCCACGUCAUGUUUUGAAUGGAGAAUAUCCCAGUGUGAAAUCUGCUGAUGACAUUGCAGGCACUAUGGCUACCACUUGGAUGUCGAGUGAGAUUUCCGCAACUUUGCGCAUGGAUGACACGCUCGCCGCUCAUAUUUAUUUUUUUGAAUAGGCAUUGAAGUGAAUAAUAUUACAUGUAUUUUUUACACUAUUUUACAAUAUAUAUGGGGACUUCAGUGGGGCUUUAAACUCAGUGUUCCCCUCAACCCCUGCUGCAAGAGCAGAAAUCUGCAAGUAAUUGACACUUCACCUCAACAUAGUUUAUUUCACGAGAUAGUGCCAAAGCACUACUUUUACCAAAAUUAAGCUUUUCAACUCAGUUGUUCAUAAUACUUUGUCCAAAUGAAAUUCGUCAGCUCACUUCAACUUAAUUCCUGUACCAAGAUGGCAGUAAAGCUUGUCUCAGUGAACCUUUUCAACUCACUUCAAACACUUCCUUGGCACCAAGAUGCCACAAGAUGGUGACAAAUUACUGCUCUUGUCUAAAUGAAGCUCCUCAACUCACUUAACAGUUUCUUGGCAUCAAUAUGCCACAGGAUGGCAGCAAAACACUACAUUUGAAGGUCUUCACCUCCUAUUAAUACUUUAGCAUUUUUCUUUGGCAGCAAGAUUGCAACAAAGCACUGCUUUUGUCUGAAAUAAACUCUCAACUCACUUCAACAUAGUUGGCUGGCACUUCAACCUACUUUCUUGACAUGGAUAGAUGUUUGAACUCACAUAAUGUUCAGGAAAUGCUGAGUGAAAAGAUGGAUGCCAGGAUGACUCAGUGUUUGCAGCAGUGCAGCCUACAAUGGACUAAAACUGCAUAAAAGAGACACUUAAUCAUUUAAACACUUUGUGUUGUUCCAUCGGGACCAUUUGGCUACCCGGCUGGUUUGCAGUGAUAAAUAUUCGCCCCUACUACUAACUACUGCAUGCACUCAAUAAUUACAGCAUGUCAAGAUGAGUGUUGAAUUUCACGAGUGUACUAUAUUCCUCAAUUUGAUAAUUGAAUCAACUGCAGAAGGUAUCAGGCAUUUAUUCACAAGGAGGUGCCGAAUGGAGGGGAGGCCUUUAUUUGGCAGGUGUAAUGGUGGAAAUGCGACGUCCCAGAUGUAUCACGGCCGAGUUACAAGAGAAGACGACAUUUACAUUAUCCAGGUACAAGGUAAAAAGUUUACAGGCUUAGGGGUAGAAAGUGGACGAAUGGCUGAAUGUAACUUUCUGCUGCACUGAUUUGCCGUCAGUUGCAUUCAAUGAGUACACAAAGUUCUGCUUCGACUUGGGGUGAGGUGUCGAUUUGUUCAAGUGACCCCCGCAUCCCUUGGUAAGUAACUAUUAGAGCAGAAGCCACUUUCUAAGGAUAUACGGUAAACCAUGUGGUUACAGUAUUCUGUGUUAUUUAAACGCAAGUUGGUUUACUGUCAAACUAAACAAGACUAUGCGGCAUGGUGGCUCAGCUGGUAAACCGUUGGCCUCACAGUUCUGACAACCCGGGUUCGAUCCCGGCCCCACCUGUGAGAAGUUUGCAUGUUCUCCCCGUGCCUGCGUGGGUUUUCUCCGGGCACUCCUGUUGUUUCCUCCCACAUCCCAAAAACAUGCAACAGUAAUUCGACACUCUAAAUUGCCCCUAGGUGUGAUUGUGAGUGCGGCUGUUUGUCUCUAUGUGCCCUGCGAUUGACUGGCAACCAGUUCAGGGUGUACCCCGCCUGCUGCCCGUUGGCAGCUGGGAUAGGCUCCAGCACUCCCCGUGACCCUUGUGAGGAUAAGCGGCAAAGAAAAUGGAUGGAUGGAUGGAUAAACAAGACCAAAGGAUUUCCAUGUUCUGUAUUUUGAACAACUACAUGGAUGUAGUAAAGCCUGUUUAGCUUCAUGCUAAUUAACAGUACAAAAUGCCAUAGGCAGACUAAAAAAAUAGCAUUGGUGUUGCAGUGCUAGAAGAUUUUAAGUAGCAGAUGUUUGAACGCCAACAGUGGACCAAGACAUGUAGAUAGAAAAUAUCACAGUCCUCACAUUUUCUUUUUCCUCUGCAAAGAACAAUUAACGAUACUGUAUCUUAUUGAGGAAUAACUACCUCCAGGUAUGUCUGUAUUACAGAGCCCCCUGGUUGUCAAGGUGCACAUACCAGGAGGAGCAGCACACUGUCCGCCAAAAAUGUGAGGUUUAAGCGACCGCCGAUGCUCCCUGGACCAGGUUUCGCUCCUCGGUGUCCUCGGGACAGAAGAGCAGUUUCCAGGCAGGAUGAUUCUUUCAAUGAAUUUAGACCCCCAGAGCCUCCACCCCACUGUGUAUCAGACACAAUAACGCACGUGGCAGCACCCUCAGCAAGAAAGUGGUGUUUGAAGGUGGACAGCGGGUUCAGACACCUCUCUUCCUGUCACGUGAUCGAGGCGAGGUCCGGUGCCCUGUUCCCACCACCACUGGCGCCAGCCUUGUUUAUCCUCCACUACCCCACCGUGUCCUGAUGUGACCCGCUCUGAUCCUCAGAGGAUAUCAUCUAACUUGGCAGUGUGUCCUUGGGCCUAUACCACAGCAAAGGCACGCAGCCAUCCUUUAGUUGUAUAUGUUUAUUUUUAUACAUGUACAAAUAAGCAACUGGAGUGACUGCAAUUUCCGUGAAUGACAAGGCUCGACCUCUACUGGCAAGUGAGGCGUGGAUUUCGGCGUGACGCGAAAAGGCCAGAACCAAAGAGAGGCAACGUCAGCCAAGAAACACGCACCGACGCUCAGCCCCCAGGAAGCUCCCAGACUCGGCCGAACCUCCUCAAGCCCAUGAUCUUCACAGUGGGGUUUACAGGCUGCUCUUUUGGCGCCGCGGCCAUCCUGCAGUACGAGAACAUAAAGUCCAGAGUCCGAAAUUUAAGGGACCGAGCCGAGUCAGAAAAACUCCUGCAGCGCUCUGGGGACAUGGCGUACUGGCACGACUGGUGGAACCGGCUGACGAGUUUCCAACGCCAGCUCAUCCUCAUCAUGUCCGUAGCGGACAACUUCUGGAGCGGCCUCACUGAAGGUCAAAGGACCGUCACUGGUAUUAUCUUGGCAAAUGCCGUGGUGCUGUGCUGCUGGAAGAUCCCGUCGCUGCAAAGGGCCAUGUUGAAGUAUUUCAUAUCCAACCCGGCCUCCACGAGUCAGUACCUCCCGUUGGUCCUGUCCCCCUUCAGUCACUUCUCCGUCAUCCACAUGGUGGCCAACAUCUCCGUCCUGUGGACAUUUUCCUCCGAGGCCGUCUCCAUCUUGGGGAGGGAGCAAUUUCUCGCCGUCUACGCGUCGGCCGGUGUCAUUUCCACAAUGUUCAGCUACGUGUUCAAAAGCGCGUCCGGACGCAUCUUCCCUUCCUUGGGAGCGUCAGGCGCAAUCAUGGCGGUGGUGGCCGGGGUCUGCGUCAAGGUCCCGGACGCCGAACUGGCCGUCCUUUUCCUCCCGACGUUCACCUUCACGGCGGCGACUGCUCUGAAAACGCUUGUUGCCGUGGAUAUGGCGGGCUUGCUGAUGGGAUGGCGGAUGAUUGACCACGCGUCUCACAUCGGCGGCGCUCUCUUUGGCAUCUGGUAUAUGGCGUUCGGCCACAAAUUGAUCUGGGACAAGCGGGAGCACGUGGUGAAGAUGUGGCGCGGCAUUCGCACUCCCGGCGGCGGCGGAUCCAGUUCUGGAGGCGGGCCCGACAGAGGCCCGCACGGACCCAAGUGACACCCGUCAGAAAACUGCCACUCACGAGCAACUGGGCCGUCGUGCGUUCAGGAAACCACGGAGAUGGUUUUCUCACCGUUAUUUUGCGUCCAUAUGGUCAAAGACGAAUAGUUCCAUCUGCCCGUGUGUCGCAUUUAUUUUGAUGAAACGUGCUGGUCACUUAUAUCCUCACGAAGUCCAGCCAUCAAUUUUCUGUGGCACCGGAACUUCUAUCUCAGCUGACUUUUGGUGACCAGCCAAGCAAUUGCAGGGCACCAAAAAAAAAAAAAAAAAGACCAUUCCAGUCAUCCAUACGGACAAAUUAAAGUUUUACUAAGCCCAGUAUGCAUCUUUUUGGGAUGUAGAAUGGGGAGAGAUUCAAGAUUUCAAACCAGAACAUCUCAACUCUGAGGCAGAGAUGGUAGCUGCAAACUGUGCCAGGUUGGCCACCAACUUAAAAAAAAAAGCAUGUGAUGCGAUUCGAAUACAGUUGCAAUUCAUUUACACAUGAAACGUACGCUAGUUUUCAUUCUUGUCACAAGUGUAAAAUGCUUAACCAUUGUACAAUAAAAGUAAAACUACCUGUG